GAGGAGCCUGGGAGACGUGCUUGGUGCACACAGCGAUGAGGAUACUGGUCGCAAGGCUCAACUAGACAACUCUAUGGCACCAUCUUCAGCGCGGCGCGUAUCUUAUGUCGUUCCCUCGCCGUCCACCGCCGUGCCAAAGUUACGCUUGCCACCGGAAGGCACUCCUAGAAAUGGCCAGAUAGGCCCUAUCCUCAUACCCUCAAACAGCGCUGCAGCAGAGCACCAUGGAAAGAAGUCGCGUUAUCCCCGCCAUAGAUUGGGUGUGGCUGCUUUUGCCUUAGAUACUUCGACGCAAUUCGUCGGUCGCGAUAGCCCCGAAGGCAUUCUCUAUUCAGGUGGAAGGGAUGGCAUGGUAAUGAUGUGGGAUCUUGGCAUGGCGAUGAAACAGCGAGUACCUAAGUUUGGCUCACCCGGGCAGGACGGGAGCCGCCGUAUGGGCCGCUGGGAGAAGCUGACGAUCGACGAGGACGACGAUAAUGCUAUCUAUGAGGAGGAAGACGAUGAAUGGCUAACGAGUGAUGGCGAUGUGUUAGGAGAUGUCAUAGGCAGCGGUGGAAGGCGAGCUUCACGUUAUUGGUCAAAACAAUUCGACAUUCCGUAUGGGCAACGUUGGGAGCUUGAUGUCAAUUCCGUCAACCCUGGGCAGCCAGCAUAUUGGAGAAAACAUGUUCAGGCUCACACGGACUGGGUGAAUGACCUUCUGUUGUGUAAUCUUAACCAGACAGUCGUAUCUGCCUCGUCAGAUGGCACCGUCAAGGCUUGGAGCCCACACAGCUCAGCGGCUACUCUUCCCUCUACCAUAGGUACCCAUACUGACUACGCUCGGUGCUUAUCACAAUGUCAUGAAAGAAAGUGGAUCGCUUCUGGUUCUUUUGAUCGGACUAUCAAACUAUGGGAUAUGGCUGAGCCACGAGUUGAUCCAUUGAUGACGCUUGUCUCUCCAGACGCAGUGGGCCCAAAGUCUUCUGUGUAUGCACUUGCAUCGGAUCCGUCUGGCCAUGUCAUUGCGGCAGGCGGGCCUGAACGCGUGGUACGCACUUGGGAUCCGCGUUCGGGCAAGAGGACAGGCAAACUAGUGGGACAUACGGAUAACAUCCGCGCAAUUCUUAUGUCCGAAGAUUCGAGAUACCUUCUCACAGGUUCCGCCGACGCGUCAAUCAAGCUGUGGUCCAUACUCUCUCCUCAACGCUGUAUCUACACGUUUACUCACCACACAGAAUCGGUGUGGUCCCUUUUCUCUUCUCACCCUGCUCUCGAGACAUUCUAUUCUGGUGAUCGUUCGGGUCUUGUUUGCCGCGUCGACGUAGAGGAGUGUCAGCGCGUUUACCAAGGCGAAUGCACACUCUUAUGUAAAGAUGACGGUGAACCGAAUAUGGCUUCCUCAGAAGGUGUUAGCAAGAUUAUUGCCAUGGAUGACCAUCUCGUAUGGACAGCAUCAGGAAGCUCUAGCAUACGCAGAUGGAGAGUUCCCCAGAGUCAAUUAGCUCGAGCGGUAUCUAGCAGCCCGCUCGACGAGUCCAGCAGGUCCCAGUCGUUGCACCGACACACUUCGGCUACUAGUACGUCACGUUCGCCAGGUCUCCCCGAUGGCACCUCUGUACGGCGUACUAGAGGCCAAUCCUUAACUCCGUCAAUUUCAGCAUCACUGGCUUCACGCGAGUCGUUUGAGUUCGAGUCCGAAGACAAUGCUUUGAAUGGCAUUCCGUAUGAGAGCUUAAUCAAACUCUGUGCACCAAAUGGACACCAUGGAACGUUCAGCAUCACCUCACGAAGUCGUGAAGCAGAAGUUUCCACGCUUUAUUCUGCUACAUCUGCAAAAUCUUUAACGCGACAACCACGUUCUCCAACCUCCGGGACGUUCCCAGGUCAUGCAUACUCACAUCCUCAAGGCCAUGUUAGUGUGGGUACACACGGUGGCUCCGGACGGAGAGAUACAUUGGUCCCACCUGGAUUAGACGGUCCGGUCGUUCCACUUCCUAACACUCGCUUGGCCUACGAGGAUCGUGACGUUGCUCCUGAUGCAACUCCGCUCGUCAAAGAGCCGGAUCUAGUUAUCGAAGGCGAGCAUGGCCUUGUCCGUGUUCUGAUUAUGAAUGACCGCAUGCACGCCCUGACAGUCGACACGACAGGUGUAGUUGCAGUGUGGGACAUCGUUCGAUGCCAGUGCCUUGGUGUUUUUGCUAAGGAAGACGUACAGAAUGCAAAUAAGAGUGCGACGAGCAGUCUGGCCAGUAGUGGUGAUGGUACGAACUCCACGAGGGACAGAAUUUCACCGCGCCAGGCACUAGAAAUCGUACGGGAUCGUAUUGAAGGCGAAGCCGUCGUGAACACGUGGUCAAAUGCGGACACGAAGAUUGGGGAACUGACUAUCCAUAUCUCCGAAAGGUGCUUCGAGUCAGAGAUCUUCGCGGACGAGGCGGGCUAUGAAAGAAUAUAUAGCGACGAUCACCGCUUAAAUAUUGGAAAAUGGGCCUUAAGAAAUUUAUUUAUGGGCUUCAUUCGCGAAGAGCAACGUUUGGCGGCGAAGCACGCUCACGAGAAAGGUGUACCGUCAGCGUACAAAGGUGGGCAUUCACAACGAGGCAAUAGCUCUGGACAUCCGCGUGCAUUGUCAGAUUCGUCUGUAGGCGAUCGAGUUCCUGGCCAGUUCAGUUCGACAGCCGAUGUGCCCCCUGUACCAGCUUUGCCAUCUGACCUAGCCUCGGGAGUAGCACUUAGGUUACAUGGUCUGUCACCUAUCGCGCAGUCUCCCGUAGGUUCGGCUGGAAGCGACACUCUGACAACGCCAAAGCCAGCGACUUACGUACGGUCAAACUUAGGCGGUGCAUCCGUUACAGCUGAUGAAGCAACUCCUACGGCAAACCCCUCUGUUGGUCUUGCAGGGGGUGCCUCUGCUGUUCCUACAUCUCCGACUGCAACAACGACACCAUCUGCUACAACUGCCUCGGCAAGCCAUGACUAUUUUUCUCUCCGGCGUCGCCCGUCUACGUCGCAAUCAACGUCCACUACUCAAACAGCCGCGGCACCUGCCGAGGAUGACUUCUCUGGCUGGGGUGGCCCAGGAAGCGCAAAAAGUUCGACAGCUCACGAAACUGCCCCUUCUACACCAAGUACUCCUGGAGGUGGUCUCAUGGGUCGGUUAAAGAACUUGGGAAAAAGCGCGCGUAGGGCGGCGACGGAAGCAGAGACUCCUUCAGCGACUACUCCUUACACCGCGGAUGCUUCUGAGACCAAAGUGGAGGGGCAUACCUCGUCAUCAUCAUCACAUCCUAAAUCUGCAAUCGAGCGGUUAAAGUCUCAGCCUAUCACCCCGCCUUCUUCUCAUGAAGCACCUGUUAUUUCGCUCCCGAGUGAGACCGCCAUCAUUGUUUCGGAAGAAUUACCGUCGGGUUGGUCGCCUGUGUACCGAGGUACGGUAGGGUGUGUAGGUGCUGAUGCACAGGUGUUGGAAGAGGUUUUGCCAGAAUGGCUUUUGGAGUUCUUGCUUGCGAAUAAGGCACCGCCUGUACCGCUGGCGAAACUUAGUUUUGUACUUCUUCCUGCGGUUAUUCCACCUGAUUCUAGAGAGAUCUAUGGGGAGACCUUGCCGGAAUUGCUCAAUACCGCUCAGUCGAAACUGUCAGCUAGUAGAUUCCUGCGCGUGAAAAAGCUGACAUAUCAUGUCCAGGAGAAACUUGACAAGAACCCUCAAUCCAAACCAGCUUCACCUCGUUCUUCAUCUGAUGCUCCCAAUACCAGCCGACCAUCGCUAGGCCGUGGGAGCCCAGCAUACGAUGGUUCCAGUUCACCAGCGGCGUCUCGGUCGUCAACGCCUCGACUUUCGCCUAUGCACCUGCAUAAUCAUGGAACGCACCUUCCACGUGCUGAAGAUGUGUAUGAGAUUCUGUGCAACGACCAGGUGCUUUCGCUUGAGAUGACGCUUGCGGCGGUGCGACAAUUCGUAUGGCGGAGUUCUGGGGAGCUUAUCAUGUACUAUCGGAGGAAAGCGAGACAUAGUCCUUCUCCUGUUACUCCUGGUAUAGCAUAUUGAGGUAUUGAGGUAUAGAAUAGACGAAUUGUGAUAUGGUUAUUUGGACUCUGGACAAUUUCCCCUUCUUUCUUCACUAGUAUUUUGAUUCCA